GAUUUUUUUUUUGGAUUAUUUUUACGCAGAAGUUGAAUCGCUGCACCCCAGAGUCCUGGUCCUCGGAGCGCGCAGUGCAGCGGUUGCGCCCACAGCCCGGCUCCUUUGAGUCGCACGAGCAUGGUGUGAUAAGUCUGCCGCUGGAUAUCCACGCCGGUCUCCCAGCGAUGCGGUGAUGCGCGCAGCACCCUCCCCCCCUCUUCCCCCGCCCAGACGUCAGCUGCUGGAGAGCGGGCAACGGCGAUUUAAAGUCGGGCCGAGUGGGGCACGGUGUCUGUGUGAGGAGCGGGAGCGCGCCCGGACAGUGGGAGGGCAUUGCAGGCUGCCGCAUGGUGGAGCAAAGCUUGACCAAACUUUUUCUUUUUGAAUCUUUACAACACCCCCUCCCCUGAAGUGGGACACAAAGUUUUAACAUCCCCAACAAACAAACAAACUAUUUGCUAUCCCAUAUCUGGACUUUUUUCCCCCUACUUUUCGGGUGACUGCUUAUUUGAAAGCAACAAGUGUUGCGAGCUUGGGUCGACUUCUUGUCUUCAUAGCUAAUCUUCUUCCACACACACACACACACACACUCACAGACAAAAGCAAAUGCUUAAGACAAAUUAGCCGCUGCUCAGUGCCCCUUGGCACCGGACCGCGAUGCUCGUGUCCAACGUGAGCCUGAGCGGCUGCGCGGGGGUCAGCGGCGCUGUGUGCGCCUCGGCCGGGGAAGGGCACCCGGGGGGGGGCUCACACCGGGGCACCCUCAGCCCGACGGGCAACCUGGUGGUGGCUGUGUGCCUGGGCUUCAUCGGCACGUUCGGACUGCUGAACAACCUGCUCGUGCUCGCGCUCUUCUGCCGCUACAAGAUGCUGCGCUCGCCCAUCAACCUGCUGCUGAUGAACAUCUCCGUCAGCGACCUGCUGGUGUGCGUGCUGGGGACUCCGUUCAGCUUCGCGGCCAGCACGCAGGGACGGUGGCUCAUCGGAGACGGGGGCUGCGUUUGGUACGGCUUCGCCAACUCCCUGUUUGGUAUCGUGUCCCUCAUUUCCCUGGCUGUCCUCUCCUAUGAGCGCUACAGCACCAUGAUGGUCCCCACUGAGGCGGACCCCUCCAACUACCGUAAGAUCUCGCUGGGCAUUGCCCUGUCCUGGGUCUACUCCCUUGCCUGGACCUCGCCGCCACUCAUAGGUUGGAGCCACUAUGGCCCUGAAGGUCCUGGGACCACGUGCUCUGUCGACUGGGAGGCCAGGACGGCAAAUAACAUCUCUUACGUCAUCUGCCUGUUCAUCUUCUGCCUCAUCAUGCCUUUCCUGGUGAUUGUGUUCUGCUAUGGGAAGCUGUUAUGUGCCAUUCGACAGGUGAGCGGGAUCAAUGCAUCGACGAGCAGGAAACGCGAGCAGCGCGUGUUAUUCAUGGUGGUGAUUAUGGUGAUAUGCUACCUCUUGUGCUGGCUUCCGUACGGAAUCAUGGCCCUGCUGGCCACUUUCGGGCCACCCGGUCUCGUCACGCCCGAGGCGAGCAUCAUCCCCUCAGUCCUGGCCAAGACGAGCACUGUCAUCAACCCAAUCAUCUAUGUCUUCAUGAAUAAACAGUUUUACAGAUGUUUCCAAGCCCUGCUGCGUUGUGAGACUCCUCGACGAGGCUCCAGCAUGAAGAGCUCUUCCAAGGUCCCCACCAAGGCCUUGAGGGGUGGAGCAGUCACUGGUCCCCGCCGUACCAAUGACUUGCUAUUUAUGGUAGCAUCCCUGGGUCAACCAGCCGCCACACUUCCCCAACUGGGCCCUUCCUUUGAACCCACAAACGAUGUCAGUAAAGCCCCUUCUUCAGACAUCAAACCUGUCAUAGUAUCACUAGUGGCACACUUUGAUCGCUGAUGAUUGGGGACUUUUCGUAGUCAUAGCCAACGUCCUCAGCCAGGAAGGCAUUAAUAAUGAGAGAGGUGGUGUAACUGAGGCUUAGAGAGCAGCAGCCUGCCAGUCCAGCAGGAUUUAACAUGGCUGUUGCAUCAUCUCGGCCCCAGCUGGAAGAGAUGCUGGACCCUUAACAAAGGGCAAUCUUAGAACUGCCUCUGGACAAUAUGAGCAGAAAUCAAAGGUGGUAAACCUGCAGAGGCUGGGGAUCUGUGUUUCUUGGCAGAGAAAGAAGAACACAUCUGUCUCGAUAAGAAUGGGCAUUUGAAGGAUGUUCGUGCCAUGCUUUUGGGAACAAGCUAUGUCAGACUGCUAUAUAAUAGAAGAGGAACUGGAGGGAUAAUGUAUUUUGUGUAAUAUCAACAGUUUAAUAAAGUAUUCAUUCUGAUGAAAUGGCAGCACAGAAAUGUGUUCACAGCGCAAGAAGAGGGAUAAGAGGUAUUGAUUUGUAACCGACUGUGGUUAAAAAAGGAGGUUGGAGACCACAAAUUAUUUAUUAUUAUGUAUUUUCAAGUCUUUCCUAGAGUAGACAAGAUCAAAAAUAAAUGAAAACAAAAGAGAAUAGACAGAGUAAUGAGAAUGUACUGGGAAUGUUUUAAACUAUCGGUCUUUUUCUCUUGUAUUCCUUGACAGUUCAUUUGAUUCAUCACUUUGAAAUGCGUAAGUGGAUUUUAAUUAAGUGGAUUCAUAAGUGGCUUGUUAUACAUGUAGCUUUGCUAGCUUGCUAGCAGCAACCAUGUGUUUUUGUUUUUUUUAAGGGAUAGUGACUAAGGUCAAAGAAAUGGGUGCAUGCUGUCAGGUUACUAAAAAUAAAGAUUGUGCAUGUGCAUUGUUAUGGGCUAAAAUUCGGAAAAUCUGUGCCUCUCUGGAACAUUGAAACAAACAUUCUUGAACUCAUCAGCAGUCCAGUAACUUGCUCAAGGGCACAGUCAGCAGUGCAUGUGGACAGGUAUCAGCCUCUGCUCAAUAUUCAAAACAAUUUGCUUUCACAAAAGUCACUCUGAUUUGACUAACUGGCAUCUCAGCAAAUGUAGCAGCACCAACAACCAAAUGAAAUUUCUUCUAGGCUUUAUCUGAGGCAACACAGGCGGACAUAUGUUUGUAUAUAUAUAUAUAUAUAUAUAUUCUUUGAAAGUGCUCAUCUGCAUCUUGUUUUUUGAUAACUGAUUUGACACUUUCUCUCUUGCAAUACAAAUAUAACUGGAGUUUCUGACAGCAGUGCAUCAGUGCUGUGUUGUAAGUGAAUGUCUAAGCUAUAAGUGGUGUGGUACUUUUCACUACUGGAUACGAUCUGUGUGGUGAUCUUUUUUGUAAUUCACUUACAGCACACAGACGGUUUUCUUUGUGUUUGGAUCUUGCAUAGAUUAAUGUACACAUGUUGAUACCAAAGCUAAAUAAAAUUUAAUAUUUUUCAA